AUGAAAGUACCUAUUAUAUCCUCGUUGAUUCAACUUGUACUGUUGUACAUAGUUUUACCUGGAAGCAUCCUUGGAGCUUGUUCACCAGGAACGUAUUAUACGAUGAAUAAUGGCAAUUGCGCACCUUGUCGUGCCGGACGUUAUUGUCCUCAAACUUCGACCAGCACCGACGAAGCAUGCCCAUCAGGAACAUAUCAGCCAAAUGAUGGUGCCUCCUCGAUUAGUGCUUGUUUACAAUGUCGUGUUGGCACUUACAAUUCAGUGUCUGGGCAAGCAAACUGCAAGAACUGUCUUAGUGGCAGUUAUUGCCCUCAAACGGGGGCUACCAGCGUGCAAUGGUGUCCAGCAGGAACAUAUCAGCCAAAUGAAGGUGCAGUCUCUGCUCAAGCUUGCUUAGCAUGCCCCGCUGGCACGUAUAAUGGAAACACUGGAAAGGCAAUGUGCUUAAAGUGUCCUCAUGGAACGUAUUGUGAUACCACUGGGGGAACCACGUUUAAAGAGUGUCCACCAGGAACAUAUCAGCCAGAUGAGGGUGCCACAUCAGCUCAAACAUGCUUGAAAUGCCCCGCUGCUUCAUCGACUGCAGCUUCAUCGACUGCAGCUUCAUCGACUGCAGCUUCAUCGACUGCAGCUUCAUCGACUAGAGCUUUAUCGACUGCAGCUUCAUCGACUGCAGCUUCAUCGACUGCAGCUUCAUCGACUGCAGCUUCAUCGACUGCAGCUUCAUCGACUAGAGCUUUAUCGACUGCAGCUUUAUCGAAUACAACAGUUGGAUUGACUGGAGCUUUAUCAAAUACAACAGUUGGAUCGACUAGAGCUUUAUCAAAUACAACAGUUGGAUCAACUGGAAUUUCAUCUAUGGUAGCAAGGCAGACAUUUAUGCCGAUGCUAUUGUGGAGUAUAGUCUUGAGUAUUGGAUAUCGAGCAAGUAUUUAUACUAUUGAUAUUGGUUGGUGGUAA